CUCACAGCACAACCAUGUCGUCCAACGGCGAAGGCUCCUCCUCCUCGGCCGCGGCUGCUGGCCCCGACUACACGAACCUCCCCGCUCUUCAUCACGACGCCGCCACAUUCCUCGCCCACGACUACGACUAUGUGAUCAUUGGCGGUGGUACUGCUGGAUUGGUGGUCGCUGCUCGUCUGACUGAGAAUGAAGAUAUCACAGUCGGUGUGCUGGAGGCCGGGAAGAGCAGAUUGGGCGACUUUUUGGUUGACUCGCCGGCGAUGUUCAUGCAGAUGUUCAUGAACCCGGAGUAUGAUUGGUGCCAUAUGACUGAGCCUCAGAAACACAACCACGGUCGUCGCCACCACAUUCCUCGCGGCAAGGCCCUUGGAGGCAGUUCAGCAAUCAACUACAUGAUGUACGUCCGCGGCUCAAAGCAGGACUACGAUGACUGGGCCAUCAUCGCAGGCGACGAAGGCUGGAACUCCGACGAGAUGAUGAAGUACAUGCGUAAGCAUCAAACCCUCGAGCCCAUCGACGACAGCGUCACCGAUCGCUCUACCAUGCCCUUCGUCGGAGAGCACCACGGCACGUCCGGUCCGGCGAGAACCUCCUUCAACGACUGGCGUCUUCCGAUCGAGGACGACUUCAUCAAGGCCUGCGACGACGCCACCGGCAUGUCCAAGAAGCCCGUCGAUCCAUGGAGUGGAGACCACAUCGGGUUCUACAACACCCUCGGCUUGGUCGCUCGCUCCGGUGAAGCCAAGGGCAUGCGGAGUUACGCUGCUCGCGGUUACUUCGCUGCCAACGCCCACCGCAAGAAUUUGCACGUCCUCACCGAGGCGAUGGUGCAGAAGAUCGAGCUCAAAGGCGACACCGCGACUGGCGUCCGCUUCAUCCACAACGGCGAAGAGCACACCGUCAAGGUCGGCAGGGAAUGCCUCAUGGCUGCUGGUGCCAUCCAGUCCCCUCAACUGCUCGAGCUUUCCGGAAUCGGCAACCCCGAGAUCCUUCGUGCUGCGGGCGUCGAGCCAUUGAUCAACAACCCCGAAGUCGGCGAGAACUUCCAGGAUCACGUCCUCACCAUUGGCUGCUGGGAGGUCAAGCCAGGCAACAUGACGCUCGAAGCCAUCCACAACCCAGCCGUGAUGGAGGCUGCACAGAAGGCUCUUGCUGAGACCGGCGGUGGCCCUCUCACUUCCGUCUGCACCAUGCAGGGUUUCUUCCCGUACAAGAUGUUCGCCACGUCGGAGGAGCAGGAUCGCAUCAUCAAGUCGAUUGAGGCCGAUCUUCCCAGCUUGAGCACAUACCAGAAGAAGCAGUACGAACGCACGAUUGAGCACUUGAAGGAUGACAAGUCGGCCAACUUGCAGGUCGUGUUGGUUCCUUCGCACUUCGGUAUGGAGGAGGGUAUUGAGAACCAGUCCAAGGUGUUCCCGGCGCCCAGCAACCCUGAAGACCCGUACGCCAUCUCCGCCGCCAUGUGCUUGCAGUACCCUCUGUCUCGUGGAAGCGUCCACAUCAAGUCUUCCGACCCCAACGAACACCCCGCCGUCGACCCAGGUUACCUCAAACACCAAGCCGACGUCGACGUCCUCGCCGCCGGCCUCAAGAUGCUGGGAAAAGUCGAACAAUCCCCCCACCUCGCAGACAAGAUCUCCAAGCGUCUCUACCCACCCGCAACCGCCGACAUGUCCGACACCGAGCAGAUGCGCACCGCCGUCCGGGACAUCUGCAUGUCCGAGUACCACGUCUGCGGAUCGGUCGCCAUGGGUGCUGCGACGGAUACCAAAUUGGUCGUGCUGGGGACGAAGAACGUGCGUUGUGUGGACGCGAGUGUGUUCCCCAAUCACGUGUCUGGUAACAUUGUUUCGUCGGUGUAUGCGGCUGCGGAGAAGGCGGCGGAUAUCAUCAAGGAUGACUGGAUUACUGGCGGAGGCAAGGGAAAGAUUUUGAUGAAGUAG